AUGCUAAUACUUCCAGCUACUCAAGGAUUUGUGUUGCAGGAUGCACGGGGAAUAAGAGAACGAGGGGUUUUCAAUGCACAUUUUCAAUCGAUUCCAACUAAAACGUCUAAACGAAGACCGUUCGUAAGCCCACCAGCAUCCACAAGCAGACGCUCACUAGCUACAUUAUUAUUGUCUGCAUCGUCGUCGUCGUCGUCGUCGUGGCAAGAGGAUAUUCAACAAGCCAUACAAGUUUCCAAGUUGGGACAGUCAAAUAUAGAUGCAGCACAUCAAGCGUGCGACCAAUGGGAGUCCAUCUUGAGUAACGGCAGCAAGAAUAAUGACCAGGGUACAAGUACAACUCAACUGCAGCUACCGUCUGCGGUUCAUACACUGUGUUUGGCUCUGUACGCAUCCUGUUUGGUACGAACUGGUCGAGAUGAUCAGGCCGUAGUGACAUAUGAAAAGGCCCUUUCUCUUCUUUCUAAUCCCAAGGAUCCGGCAGUCCAUGAUUUGCUGCUGGGCAAGGCCAAGGCGCAUCAGCGUCUCUUGCAAUAUUCGGAGGCUCUUGAUGAUUACGCAACAUUGGUCGAGCUGACCAAAGAUGGCACUAUUUCCAUGGAUCUAUCACAUUUCGUUGGAGCAGCUACAUGCAGCAUGCGUCUUCAGUACCCCCAAAGAGCGCAAGUGAUACUUUCGACUGCUUGCGAUUGGUGGGAGAAGGAACAAGACACGAUAGUUGGAUCUGACGAACGUGCAAGACUUCAGAGGGACUGGGCACAGAUCCGGCUCUUUUUGCACGUUUUGGACCACUGUUUUGGCACUGAGAAAUCUGCAGGGAAUCAAAGUAGCAUCCGUGCCACCGGGCAAUGGAUACUGUCAGCGAUAUCAUCAUCGAGAAACGAGCACCCACUUUACGUUUGGCUACAUGAUACGACACUGUACAAAUCCAUGGAUCCAAACAUGGCUCCACUCGGUCCGCAAUUCGCCGACAAGUCACCAAAACGCAAAUCCAUUGAAAGUACUAACGACGUCUUUCUUUCCGCGAUGAAAAUCAACCAGUCCCCGUGGGAUGAUCCCUCGUUGUUGCAGCUCGACGAUAAGGUUCUUUUACAUCGAUUGUUAUCCUCAAAUUCUGCUGCAUCAACGUUUUGGCCGCACGGAUAUGUAUUGCCAACGGAUCGUAAGAAGUUCCAGCAGGCGAAUCAGCUUGAUUUGGUUCCGGCAGAUCAAAAAUGGAUCUCCAAAACUCGGGCUGGCUAUGGAUCCCAUGGCAAUCAGAUUCUGAAUUUUGAAGAAGCUUUGAAAAAUGUCGAGUCUAACAAUGAGAAAAUAUCCCAAGACGAAUUUCUCAUGCAACGACUCAUCGAUCCAACCUUGUUGAUUGAAGGCCGAAAAUUUUCGUUACGUCUGUAUGUUGUUUACUUCGGUCCAAAGGAAUUCUAUCUUUCAAAUCAGGGGCUUGUCAAGUUGGCUGCUAUUGGCACAACAGAGGAAGGGAUUGGUCAAGGCGACGACUCGGAGAGACGGUCAUACAUGACCAAUUCGGGACGAGAACAAAAUAUGGAGCAAUACGACUUGCUCUACCUUGAGCACGAGUCCAAGUUGUUUGGAACCGAGGCCGAGUAUUCUUCUUUCUGGUCCAAGAUUGAAGACUCGGUCCAGCAAGUGAUGAAGUCGUAUCGAGCUUAUCGACGCGACAAUGAACGAGAAAUCACUAUUGACUUUGAUUCCCGACGCCAAGCUCUCGGAAUUCCAAAGAUUCUUGGACUGGACUAUGUGGUGGAUAAAGAAUAUCAGCCAUGGUUACUUGAAGUCAAUCGAUUUCCUGGGCUCGAACCAAGAGAUGAUAGCGACCGCAUGGUGAAGCAUCAAAUUGUACGCGAUGCGUGGCUAUGUGCCCACGAGAGAAUGUCGGGAAACAAAGAUGAAGAGACACAAUCAUUUACUACUGGUGACCACCAUCCCUUACAAUACAUUUUGGAUCAUUUGCCUCUUGUUUCCAAGGAUUGCCCGUACACGCUUGAGAAAAUACGCUAG